AUGCCGUCAGAACUCAAACCUCGCUUUUCCUCAGGAAGAAAGGGCGAUGUCAGCGCUCUCUUAUUAUCCACCGCCAGAUCCUAUGAUGAGAAGAAUGAAAAGGCAUCCAGGACCCGACGAAAGGAGAAACGACAGUUCCGAUGUCUCCUUUUUCUUGUUAUUGGUUUGAGUACGGUCUUGUUUCAUUUGAAUGCCACGAAAAAGAUUCCUUGGGGAAAGUUGUGGGGUACUACUAGUAUUACCAUGACUGGCGGCAGUAGCAGUAGUAAUAGCAAUAGCAUCAGCGAUGGCUCCAAUAACAUUCGAAAAGGCAAAACACCAGCGGAUGACGUGAGCAGCGACAGUGAUAGUUCUGGUGACCAUGGUGGCAGAAGGGCCUUGGACGAACUCAUGGCCGACAACAAACUGGUCCGAAAAGUACGCUCCUUGGAUGCCAAAGUACGAGAACACAAGAAAAAACCAAACAUGAUCAUGGAAACGGAUCCGGAAGGUUUGAAGUUGACCAAAGAACUCCAACAUUGGACCUACGAACUCUUCAAGCAGCGUUAUGGACCUUACAAGUUUCGUGUCAUUUUGGAUUUGGUAUUCCCCGAGUCCAUUCCGGACUACAAAGAAAAGGGACCCACCGGUCAAGUGACGAUCCAAAUGGCAUCCGCCAGUCUCAUUCCCUGCAGUGUCUUCAACUUUUUGGAAAUUGCUCGCACCUGGAAGGGGGGCGCCUUUCAUCGGAAUGCCAAUCAUGUGUUGCAAGCCGCCGCUCGAUCCGAAGUCACCAAAAGCAUGCCCUUUCAAGAAUAUUCUCCCGAGCAUCCCCACAAAAAGGGAACCGCGGGAUAUGCCGGACGACCGAGUGGGCCAGGCUUUUACAUUAGCAUCAUGGACAAUUCCAUCAAUCAUGGACCAGGAUCCCAACAGCAUCACAACCCACACGAAGCCGAUGCGAACUUUGGUGAUGUGGUAGAAGGUUUCAAUGAUGUGGUUCCCAGAAUUCAUUCCGUUCCCCAAAAGUCCUGGUUGGACAAUGCCAACAAGAUUAAAAUUGAGAAAAUGACGAUCAUCUACAACAAGGAAGACGGCACUGGUGAGUGGCACGAAUGGGGCGGCGAAAAUAAGGCCAAAUAUGAAAUUGCGCAGUCCAAGUAG